AUGGCGUUCGCGACAAAGGCGGAUAUCCGGCUGCAUCUUCUCUGCGUCUUCUUCGCCGUCGGUUCCUUCGUCUGGGGAUAUAAUGUCGGCAUCCUCUCGUCCGUCCUGGUUCAUCCUGGGUUUGUUAGAGCGAUGGGCCACCUGAACCCGUCACGGAAAGGAGUGAUCACUGCUAUAUAUUACCUCGGGACUUGCUACGUCUUCGUCUCGCACCCGGUCAGCGAUGCCUUCGGGCGGCGCUACGCUGCCCUGGCCGGCAUCUUCAUCGUCGCGGUAGGUAACGCCUUCGAGUGCGGCGCCGCUGGGCCGCGCGCAUACUCCCUGAUGAUCGUCGGGCGCAUUACAUCGGGCCUCGGUGUGGGCAUGCUAUCGACCUCCGUGCCGCUGUACCAAAGUGAGGUCGCUCCGGCUGGUAAGCGUGGCAGAUAUGUCGUUCUGAAUCAUGUCGGCUUCGUUGCCGGCCUUGCCUGCGGCUUUUGGGUCGGAUACGGAGUGACAUUUUGGAACGGCUCCGAGUACGACAUAUAUGUAUCGUGGCGAGUCUCGCUAGCGGUUAUUCUGUUGCCGUGUGCCAUCUUUGCAACCGGACUCCCAUUUCUUCCCGAGACCCCACGGUGGCUUAUUGAACAUGAUAAAUACGAAGAAGCCAGGAGGUCCCUGGAGUGGCUACGGGAGGGCAGCUUCACGGACGAGCAGAUCGGCGCCGAGUUGGCGCACAUCCGCGAGGACGUAGAGAACCACAGGGCGUCGGGAACGAACUGGCUGUCGCUCUUCAGGGAUCCAAGUCUUUUCAGCAGGCUCUGGCGCGCUUCGCUCCUCCAGUUUAUGGCCCAGAUGUGCGGAGCAACGGCGAUGAAAUACUACCUACCGACUCUUUUCGCGAAGCUUGGUCUGCCCACCCGCGUCACCCUGAUGGCCGGGGGCAUCGAGUCGACGUUAAAGAUCGGGAUGACGGUCAUCGAGAUGGUCCUCAUCGACCGUCUGGGGCGGAGGAUUACGCUUACUACGGGCUGCGUGGCGAUGGGGUUUGGCAUGUUGAUCAACGGAGUGCUAGGCCAGGCAUAUCCCGACAAUACUAACGGUGCUGCCGACGUCGCCUGCAUCGUGUUUAUCUUCGUCUACGCCAUAGGCUACAGCAUGGGCUUUGGUCCGGCAGCGUGGGUAUACGGCUCUGAGAUAUUCCCGACUUCCGUUCGCGCACGCGGUCUCAACUUCUCUGCUUCCGGCGGGGCUAUUGGCUCUAUCGUCGUCGCUCAAGUUUGGCCCGUUGGCAUCGAGACCAUCGGUUCCAAAAUCUACUUCUUUUUCAUGGCAGUCAAUUUUGUCUGCAUUCCGAUCAUCCUUUUAUUCUACCCCGAGACAAAAGGCUGGCCGCUCGAGGACAUGGACUUGCUAUUCAACAAAGGGGCAGCUGUCAGGAUCAGAGGAGAUGCUGGUGAGCAUACCGAGCCACUUCUGCCGAGGAAUAGCAGUCGCCCGUCUCGGAGCUAA